UUUUGCACGAAUUAUGUAAAUUCUUGAUUUACAAGAAUGCUAUGAAAGGAAUCAAUCAAGCCUGCUAGUACGCGAAAAUUCGUUUACAUUGGAAGAGCUGAACGGCGCAAUGGAGCAGGCUCUAUGUAAUUUGCACAGUGAUGAAGAAGAUAACAGUGAAAACAUUUCGGUAAAUGGCACAAAUACAGAAGAACCAUUUAAAGACAUCAAAUCAGCGAAAACCGCCUGUAUUGAAGAUGCGCAAAUCUCAUUACUAUCGAAGAGGAGGAAGGAACUUGAAGCCAGAAAGAAUGUGAAAAAAUUGUACAAUGCAAAAUUGGAAGAAAUUCUGAAAUUUGUAGAUACGAAACUAUACAUAGAAGUGCGUCCGAGAUAUCUUAUGCCGGACACAAAUUGUUUUAUUGAUUGCCUCGACGACUUUGAAAAACUUAUUCGGGAUUUCAAACGUUACAUACUUGUUAUUCUGCUCACAGGUGCGCCACAACGAAUGGGUCAUUUAUUAACGCAUCGUUAUUUGCAUUAGCUGAAGAGGAAAAUGUUUCGAAUGAUGAUAAAAUUUUGGCAACUGCUGUGGCACUCUCAAAACCCAUGAGCACA